AUGAAACUUCUUUCAAGCAUUUUAUUAUUGAACACAAUCGAAGCGGGGUGGAAGCAAAAAUGGGAAGAGAGAUUCGGAAACGCUGUUGAAGACAAAAGAGCUACUGAGAGAAAUGCAGCUUGUGAUGCGAAAGCGUUGUCAGAAACGGCGAAGUUUGAAAUUCAAGGCGGAAGUUGGGAUUGUCCUGCACUCGGUCAAGACGUCGCCAACAUCCUUUGCGAGCCAAAAUGCGACGACCCGACAGAUCGAGGCAACUGGCCCCGCCGAAGUUUCAUCAAAGUCCAAUGUCGUACCAACCCAACAGUGAAGAUCCGAAAUGUUUCGAACAACAUGCAGUGCAAUCCAGAUCUAUGUCUCGAAUCAACAGCAGCAGUGGACAUUCCAAAGGGGCAAAUUUCUUUCUCAAAAAGAAACAAAAGCAAAACUCUUUUCUCGGUCACCUGCGACGGAAAAACCGGAACUCAAGCAGCAGUCAUCUGUUUCAAUUCCUCUGGAGCACUGACGAGCAAAACUCACGACUGGCAAAAUGUCUGCGACCCAGUCUUAACACAAACAACCACAGAGCCCCCAACUACCGAAUUCGCUCCACUGACCGACAGCAUAAAAUCCGGCUUAGAAACCUGCGUUUCUGCUUCGAAUUUCCCAACUGGCGGGCGCAAGAAGCGUGAACGACUUUCAAAAAUUGUCGGCGGCGUCAAUGCGGAAGAGGGCUCCUGGCCCUGGAUUACACGCUUGUUCCUGACAGAGUCGAUCGGUGGCGGAUCGGGAUUCUUGUGCAGUGGAAGCAUAAUUCACAAUCAUUGGGUUUUGUCGGCGGCGCAUUGUUGUGAUGGAAUCGCGGAAGUUGUGGCGACUUUUGGGGAUAUUUCUAGGUCAACUUUCGAAUCAGGUCAAUUCUCUCUUACCUCAACAACUUUCUUCAAUCACCCCGAAUGGGGCCAGGGCGCUGACGGCGACUUUGGCAACUCUGACUGGUGCCUCAUCAAAUUCAACGAAGACAUUCUGGCCGCUGCACCUGAGCCGGAAAAAGUCAAAAUCGCAUGUCUACCUAGUGAGCCGAUCGAGCACGGAAGUGGCUGCUGGGUCGCUGGAUGGGGAACUACAAGCUCUGGUGGAAGUACCAGCACGACUCUUCUUUCUGCAGGCGUGAAUAUUUUGGGCAAAGACUACUGUGAAAACUUUUCGAAUAAUGGAAUUCUGAUGCCUGAUGACGUUUGCGCCGGACUGCCUGAUAACGAUAAUAAUGGCCUAACGGAUCCCGGAAAAGACGCUUGCCAGGGCGAUUCAGGCGGACCCCUCAUCUGCCCUGUUGAUGGAAAAGCAGUUCUCGCCGCGGUCGUCUCUCGAGGAGUCGGUUGCGCUUCAGAAGGCUUCCCUGGACUUUACUCUGCAACUUUCAACGCGAAAGAUUGGAUGAGAGAUAUUAUCUUGAAUAAUUAG